AUGUCGAUAUGGGAUAGAGACGACUUGGGCAGCAUUGCCCAAACGGUCUGCUGGACCUUGUUUGGAGCCACAGCUGUCACCGUUGGUUUACGAUUAUACUGCCGACUUCGCUACGGCCCUCGACUCGGCGGCGGUAUACAUGUCGACGAUUUCAUCACAGUCGGCUGCCUCCUGGUGCUCCUGACCUUCUGCAUCCUGCUCUCCAUCGCCCUCCCGUUUGGAGUAGGACAGCAUUACCAAACACUCUCUGCCGCCACCCAGGCCCAGGCUUUGAAAUGGAAUGCCAUCCUCAACGCGGCCACUCCGUGGCUCUGCACGUUACCCAAGUUCGCCAUCGUCUCGACACUAGAACGCAUCCUGAGUUACAGCACGAGGACGAGGGUGAUGCUCUGGGGCCCGGCACUCGUCUGCCAGGCGUCUGUCCUCGUGCUGGUGGUGUGGGACUUUGCGCAGUGCAGCCCGGCAGCGUUCCAGUGGGAUCAGAGCAUCAAAGGGGGCAUCUGUGCGAACCGGAGCAUCUAUGUCGGUCUUGCCUGGUUCACUUAUGUAUUUUCCACGGCGCUGGACGUCUUCUUUGCUCUCUACCCUGUACCUUCGGUUAUGCGGCUCAACAUGCCGCUCAAAACCCGCGUUAGCGUUGCUUUGUCGCUGAGCAUAAGUUGGUUUGGCUUUGCCAUAUCGGUAUAUAAAUUCUCCAUCUUCCCUCGUUUCGGAAUCAUCAUGAAGACGGAUCCCUCAUAUCCUCUCGUCUACCUCUCCAUGACACACUUCGCCGAGGGCUCAUUCCUCAUCAUGUCCACGUCGCUUGCAACACUGCGGCCCCUCUAUCGCGGGCUCAGGCGUCAGAUCACGGCUCGAACCAGCAUCAGGACCAGCAUGAUCAUCCCUCCCAAGAUGAGGAGUCAAGCACUGUGGUAUUUGGAGGUAGCGACGACGACGCCGACUACCUUGCGCUAA